AUGUCUGUACUCCUUUCAGUUGUAUAUCCCCCUCCUUUUACAUUUGCGCUUUCUUUGUCUUCCUUCGAUUCUGAACCCCAAACCUCCUCCCGGUGUACACACAAAUCAACAAACAAAACAAGGAUCAUCACCUACCGCCACUGCAUGACAUUUUGA